CCCCAGUCAUUUUAGCCAGUGCCCAGCUAUCAGCACAGAAGAGAAGGGUAGCAUGGUGGCGGAGGACAAGAAGAGAGGGGAGGGGCCAGCCAAGAGCGCCCUCCGGAAGAUCCACAGAGCCACCCUGGUGAUCAGCUUGGCCCGAGGUUGGCAGCAGUGGGCAAAUGAGAACAGCACCAGGCAGGCCCAGGAGCCUGCAGGCUGGCUGCCGGGUGGGACUCAGGACUCAACCCAAGAUCCUAAACCAGUGACACACCCCACUCCCAACCAGAAAGUUCAGAGUGCCCCAAAGUCUCCCUCCCUAAAGCCAGAGGGGCAUGGGGACGGAUGGAGCUCAGAGGAAGCCACUGAGGUCUCUCACAUCAGAAGGAAAGAGGUGACCAAAACAGUUGUCAGCAAAGCUUAUGAGAGAGGAAGAGAUGUGAGCGACCUCAGCCACAGAUACGAGAGGGACGGUGGCACCUCGGAACCUGGGCAGCCAGAGGAUGACAUUGACCGGAUCCUCCACAGCCAUGGCUCCCCGACACGGCGGAGAAAAUGCUCCAACCUGGUGUCUGAGCUGACCAAGGGCUGGAAGGCGAUGGAACAGGAUGAGCCCACGGGGAGGAGUGACAGCAUAGACACGGAGGACAGCGGCUACGGUGGCGAGACCGAGGACAGGCCCGAGGAGGAUGGAGAGCAGGUAGCCCGAAUCAGACGCGCCUUGCCUUCCCAGGCAAGCCGAUUUACGGAGAAACUCAACUGCAAGGCCCAACGGAAACACAGCCAAGUGCACAGCCUGAAAGGGAGAUGGCAACAGUGGGCCGAUGAACACAUACAGUCCCAGAAGCUCAACCCCUUCAGUGAAGAGUUUGAUUAUCAGCUGGCCAUGUCCACCCGCCUGCACAAGGGAGAUGAAGGCUACGGCCGUCCCAAGGAGGGAACCAAAACUGCCGAGCGGGCCAAGCGAGCCGAGGAGCACAUCUACAGAGAAAUUAUGGACAUGUGCUUCAUCAUCCGCACGAUGGCUCGCCACAGACGGGAUGGAAAGAUCCAGGUUACUUUCGGGGACCUCUUUGACAGAUACGUUCGUAUUUCAGAUAAAGUAGUGGGCAUCCUCAUGCGCGCCAGGAAACACGGACUGGUUGACUUCGAAGGAGAGAUGUUAUGGCAAGGCCGGGAUGACCAUGUUUUGAUUACUCUACUCGAGUGAACCUUCAACCACACGAGCCAUACUUGAUCCACUAAUGUCUUAAUGCUAAAUGCUAAUUUAGUAAAAACCAAAAUGCAGACUGCUCUGUAAUGAUUUCAUAAAUAUUAAAUAAUUUUUCCAUGAAUGACUUUUUGGCACAUUAUUUCUGAGGACCUUGGAAGAUUUUGAUAGAAUAUACAUAACCAUUUGGAACAAUUCCACUUACCCUUCAGGGGGAGAGACCAAGGGGGUCUCUCACGCAGCCAUUCCUGUGACGUCACUCUCAGCACUUACCCUUUUAGGCAAAAAUUACCUGGGUAUUCAUUGCAGAAGUGAUUGCAGGUCUUUAAUGAAAUAAUUAUUAUAUCUAAGAAGAAAGCUGAAUAUAGGUAAAUAUCAGCAGAAUUAUUAUGAUGUCAAUUUUCAGGGAAAAAGAAUUCCAUUAAGUCUGGCAAAACUAAGCUUAAAAUUUUCUAAGAAGAUUGACUUCGUACUAUUAUUUUAAUCAUAGCAUGACUUACAAAAUAGGCACACAAAUCAAUAAGUUUUUAAAAAGGUAAUGAAAUUGCUCAAAUAUCUUUGUGGGCUUAUAAUUUAAUGUUUCUGAAAUUAGCCGUGCUUCUGGGUAAUGUGUGCAAAUCACAUAAAAACAGACAUUACUGGUCUCAGAGCCGACAGAGAAAGCGGGCAUGUUCUGCUUCACUGUGAAAGCAAAGCAGAGGCGAGGGUUCAGAUUUAUCUGCCUUUGUAGGACUUCUUGCAGAAGUUUACUUUGUGUCAAAACCACACAUACUAAGUCAUGCUGCUUACAUCGAUGUCACUAUACAGGGUCCAGCAGAAGUUAACGCCUGCUGGAGUGUGGUUGGUAGGUAAUAACAUGGGUGUAGUAAUUUACAGUUUUAAUUUAAACAUUUCACAUAAUUUAACGUCAUGUG